GCCAACUCCUCCUCCCCCGCACAGUACAGCCUCAUGUUGCAAGGAAAACAGCAUCCUGUUUACCAUUCUGAGAAGUCUGGGGAGCAGCAAGACUCACUGCCUGUGAGAUCAAGGAGCCCGUUUGCAUACAGUUGGACCGCAAAAGAAUACUGUGUCUUUGGUAUUUAGUUCUCACCUAACUAGACAAGCUGAUAUUUCAGCUGCAACAUCACUGUUUAAAAGAGCCAGUGACGCCGUUACGUCAUUACUGUCCUUAUCAGGAGAGCGAGGCGACUCAUCAGUGGGAACAAAAGCCGGGUCGCCGCUACUGGGGCACAAACUUCGAUAUCUCUCCUAAAAAAAAACAACAACCUGUGUUAGUUUUCAUCGUGCACAUCGCCAUGGCCAACAAAACGACUCCUCUUCUCCUCAAGACACUGCUGGAGAUGUCUGAAGCGCACUCUGGAAAGCUUGUACGAGGAAACCUUAGAAGAGCAAAUGUCAGACAUCUGGGCUCCUGCGGGGCCCUGGCAGUGAGGAGGGCCAGCCUGCCUCUAUGCCCCACCACCCCUGUCAGCACACCCAGCCGCAGCUUCAUCAACCUGGCUGCUCCCAUCAGCACACGGAGGAUGGAGUACACCGAGUGCCGGACAUUACGGUAUACUCCAGAGCAGAUGUUCAAUGUGGUGGCCAGUGUGGACCAGUAUCAGCACUUUGUUCCCUGGUGCAAGAAAUCUCAGGUCAUGAAGGGACGAAACGGUGACAUCCGGGCGGAGCUCGAAAUAGGUUUCCCCCCCGUCGUGGAGCGCUACACCUCUGAAGUUACCGUCAUCCCAAACCACCAAGUCAGGGCCCUGUGUACUGAUGGAUCCCUCUUUAACCAUCUUGAAACAGUAUGGAGGUUUGCCCCUGGACACAAAGACCAACCAGAUUCCUGCAAAGUGGAUUUCUAUGUGUCAUUUGAGUUCAAGUCUCUUCUGCACUCUCAGCUGGCCGGCGUAUUCUUCGACGAAGUGAUUAAGAAGAUGGUCAGGGCCUUUGAGUCACGGGCAGCGACACUUUACAGGAACCGGCAGGAGGCGUCACUGAGGAGGCGCUCGACAUGAGGGCGACCCUUUUGACCUCCCCUUCAUCCACAUCCACUCAAACCUUUAACCAAACCCUGCCAGCCUGCUACUUGUACCUACUGUUAACAUUUGUCUUACACAAGAGACUGGAUCUUCUUUUUGCACUCACUCAUAUCUUAUUUUUGAGUUGACAUGCACGUGGAAUAUACUUAAAACUCUAUAUUUAUAAGCCACAUAAACAUUUAUUUACUCUCUUGUACAUAUAUAUUUAUUUUAUGAAUAGGACUAAAUGCAUGGUUUCAAAUGAUCAUGUUGGACACAAAUGUCGUCUUUCAAAAUUAGUGGGAACAUUUACAAGUGACUCCUGCUCAAACAUCUGUUAAGAGCUUUUUCUUGUCUAUAUCAGUGGAAUUAAAAAGCUCUUGU